AUGAGGUUAACCUUAACAUUAUUGAUACUGCUGUUGACGGUAUGGUGGAACCUUGUAGAAGGUUCUGGUACCGAAGAUAGUCAAUUGGAGGUGAAAUUGGAGUCCAGCUGGACUCAGAUUCCAUUUUACCUCCAAUUAUUAGAGAGUUUGGCCUCAGUAGAUGAAAAGCUAUAUUUCCAAGCCUUGAGAGCUUUAGUGCUUGAUCCAGAGGCUGAUGAUGACUUUGAUGAUGAUGAUACUUGGAAUGACGAUGUUGGUGAUGACUGGGAAGCUGAUGGUGAUGAUAUGGGUGAGACAGAGGUGGAUUCGACCGGAGAAUCAGCCAUUUCUGAUGAGGCUUUAUAUCAUAAAAUCAUGGAAUCCUUAGAUUUAGAUCCUUUCAACAAGACUUUCGUGGAUUUAAAGACCAGUUCUAAGUUCUAUUCCCCUAGAAUUCAAUCCCACUAUCUCCACUACGUCCAAGAAAUUCUCCCUGUCCACAAUUCCCGGGAAGAAUUAUGUCAGAAAGAUUCUUUUGGGUCCAAAAUCACCAGAAGUAAGCAUUUUUCCUGGCUUCUUUCCAAAGACAGGAUAUAUUGCACCAAUGAUGAUUUAUUUGCGUUGCAAUUAUCGAAAAAGAGUGACUUGUCGGCAUCUUUAAUGCCAUUUGAUCGUGUUUUUGGUCAUAAUCAGAAUGUUCCAGUGUUGGUAUUCUAUGGUGAUUUAGCAAGUCUGGAAUUCUCCCUGAUGUUGGCAAAUUUGAUUUUGUCGGCAGAAAGUGGAAAGUUGAGAUUCGUAUGGCGAUACAUUCCUGUUUUGAAUGGUCAUGAUGCGUUGAAUGGAUAUGGGGUCAGUUUAAAGGUUAAAAAUCCCGAUUUCUUCGGUGUUUCCGAUCCAGAAAAGGUUUCUACCAUUCCUGAGACCGGUGUGGCCAAUCUUGGUACUAAGUUAGCGUCCCAUAUUCUUUCUUUGUCCAAACAGUGGGAUAAAUUCACGGUUUUGAAGGAAAAAAUAUUGAACUUCCCUAGUCACGUGACAGACAUUCAUAGUUACCAGAACUUCGACCCCGAAGUUAUCAAGAAUGUUCAAAUGAACGAACGUGUUGGACUUUCUGAAGAUACAGCAGGAAUUUACAUCAACGGAGCCCCAGUAAACAAAUUGGAAAUGGACCCUUAUAAAAUCAUAAGCAAAUUGGAGUCUGAAUUGGACCUUGUUCAACAUUUAAUGGACCUUGGACUCAACAUGGACCAAGCUAAGUUACUUACGUCCAAGCUCGCUUUACGGUAUGCCGUUCAAUUGAGUGAAUAUACCAGUGGAGACGAUAAUCGUUACCGAGUGUAUGAGAACUCAUUUGAAGGACCAGAUCCCAAAGGAGGAGUGGUUUUCAUCAACGAUAUAGAACUUGAUGAGAAUUAUCGUUCCUUCACAGCGUCACCUUCGGAAGCUUACCUUUCACCAGCUUCAAAUCCUGGCCAAAUACCUGCUGUAAGAGAGAAUAUCCAUGAUCUCAUUUUUGUGGUAGACUUAGCUAAUCAAGACCAUUUGAAAAUUUUGUUCACCUUCUCCAAGAUCAUUCUUGAUAAAGCCAUUCCUCAACAGAUCGGUAUUUUACCCUUAGGGACCAGUGAAUUGAGUCAAACAGUGGCCAAAUAUUUCUACUAUUUGUACGAGAAUUCCAAUUCUAAGGAAGCUUUGGCAUUAUUGUACAAGGUUUUGAUGAGAAAGGAUGACGAUGAACUUUCUACCAUCCUUAACAUUCCUUUGGGAUCUUAUCUGUUGGACCCACAGGUGUACCAGCAGACUUUAGAUAAGUUUUCCAUCACUGAACCGUCAGUUAUCUUCAACGGAAAGAUCAAGAACUUAGAAUCAGAGUCCUGGAGAGCGGAUAUGGGGAGACAAAUAGCUAAAGAUGUUCAAAAGAUCAAACAAGGUAUCCGUCAAGGAAAUAUAGGACCUUCGCUCAAAGCUUUUGUCUUCAAUGAUGCCAAUUUCGAACGGAACUUGAAGAUAUUCCCCCGAGACAUCUCCGGCUUCAAGUAUAAGCAGGUGACAGAAGCUUUGAUGGAACAAUCGACAUUAUUCACUGUGGAAAGGGACGAUAUAGUGAUGAGAGAUACUGUGAAUGUGUGGGUCAUUGGGGAUUUGAGUUUGAAAGCCGUGGUGGACCAGAUGGUGGAAAUAUUGAACUUCAUGGUUGUAUCUACCGAUAAUGUUCGUUUGAGGGUUAUUGAUACGUCCAAUAGUGGAAUCUUGGCUGAAAAAGGACCUUUCAAAGCGAUCUUGAAACCAGGAAAUCCUGACCAUGCUAAAGUUCUGUACCAACUUUAUCCUGAACAAGUUGAACGUCUUGUAAUUGCAUUAGCCAAACAUAAACUCAAGAAAUCCACUGCUAACGAACAGUUGAAAUCUUUCUUAGGUUCACAGGAUUUACCACCAAAUCAUUCAUUCCUCCUCAUCAACUCCCGGUAUUUCAUCAUAGAGCCCACCACCAUGUCUGUAAAGGAUUUGAACACCAUCUCCGAAUACGAAAUCACCCAUAAACUUCAUACCAUCAAUACUAUCACCCAACAAUACCCACAUAUCUUCCCUGGGGAGUUAUCGGAGUUAUAUCCUCGUUUCAGAGGCUUGGCCUACGGAGACUGGCAAGAUUUAGUGACAUCAUACCUCCUUAAAUCAUUCUUUGUGGAUGAUAGAUUGUAUGUGGAUGAUGUAGCAAGAUUUGAUUUCAAUUCCAUGAACUUGGCCAAUAGUUUCGUUUUGGAUAACGACACUCCGUUGGUAGAUGUGCUUGUCAUAAUCGAUCCUCUCACUAAUAUGGCACAAGAAUUGAUCUGCUUGGCGGAGGUUAUUAUGAAGGUCCCGUUCGUAAGGACCAGGAUUCUUUUACAGCCGAAAUCCACUUAUGAAUCUGUCGGGAUUGAUAGAUACUAUCGUGCUGAGUAUCCACAGUAUCCUUUGUUCUCAGGAGAUCUGGCAAAGUCAGGAGAACUGUCAAAGUCAGUUAAAUUUCACAAUUUACCGAACAAAGAAACCUUCAUGGUGGAUAUUAUUCCACCUAAACGUUGGUCAGUCAAAUCAAAAGCUGCCACCAUCCACCCAGAUAGUGUCUCGGUCGCCCAACCACAAUCCUUCACCUAUGAACUCCAUAGUCUCAUAAUUGAAGGGUAUGCUAGAAGCAUUUCCACUGCCUUACCACCAAAACAUGCUGAAUUUUCCCUUACUGAAAACUCCAUGCUGGUCCAAAAUACGGUCAAACACACUUCGGUGAUGGCAAACCUUGGUUACUUCCAAUUUGCCGUAGAUUUCGGGUUAUGGGAUUUGAGCUGUGGCCCCAACUAUGAGCUUUUAUCUGCUUCGGAGAAGUUAUUUGAGUUUAAUGCCGAACCCCAGACCUCUAUACCUUUACAGGUGUUCACCAUGGACGGAUUGGUGGUAAGAACAAGAAUGAUUGAAGCCAAAAAGCUGCCAAAACCUACAAAGAAAGUGACUAAUCCCAAAUCAACCAUCAAUAUCUUCACCAUUGCUUCCGGAGAAUUGUAUGAGAAGCUCUGUACUAUGAUGAUGAUGUCAGUGAUGAAACAUACUUCCGAAACCACCAAAUUCUGGCUCAUUGAUGAUUAUUUAUCCCCAGAUUUCAAGAAAUCCUUACCCACUUUGAGUAACCAUUACAAUUUCGACUAUGAAUUUGUCAGCUAUAAAUGGCCAAUGUGGUUGAGACGCCAAAAUACCCGUCAAAGAACUGUUUGGGGGUACAAAAUGUUGUUCUUGGAUGUAUUAUUCGGAGAUCUUGAUUCUAUCAUUUUUGUGGACGCAGACCAAAUCAACAGGUCCGAUAUGAAGCUGUUGGUGGACCUUGAUAUGGGGUCUUAUGCCUAUGGAUUCGUACCAAUGUGUGAGAAUCGUGAGGAGAUGGAAACUUUCCGAUUCUGGAAUCAAGGUUACUGGCAAGAAGUCUUGGGCGAUGAUUUGAAGUAUCAUAUCAGUGCCUUGUUCAAGGUCAACCUUCAAAGAUUCAAAGAGUUGGGUGUAGGGGACAGACUCAGGUCUCAUUACCAGAAAUUAUCAUCGGACGAGAAUUCAUUAGCUAACUUAGACCAAGAUUUGCCCAACAACUUACAACGCAGUGUCGGUAUUUUCAGUCUCCCACAGGAAUACUUGUGGUGUGAAACUUGGUGUAGUGAUAAUGGUAAAGUUACGGCGAAGAAUAUUGAUUUGUGUAGUAAUCCUUUGACUGGAGAGGAUAAGGAGAGUAUGGGAAGACGAGUGAUUGAAGAAUGGGAAGACUUGGAAACCGAAUUAAGGGUGUUGCUUGGCUCUGUGUCUUCUGAAGGCUCUGAAUCGUCUGGAUCUUCGAAGUCACCUGACAUUCCUGACUCACCAGUUGAAAACUUCCAUGAUGAAUUGUAA